AUGCAACCAAGAACACGAAUUCCCGAGUUUGCAGAAUUAGAAAACUAUAAAAAUCUUGGGCUAUUGACCCAGAUGCAACUCGAUUUACUCUAUCGAAGAGUAAAUGGCGAGUCUUAUCAACAAAUACGGAAUGUUUACUCAAUUUCAAAGACGACAGUAGCACGCGCAAUCAUGCGCACUGCUACUUGUCGUUCAUGGACAAAAGGUCAGUCAGGGGGUGGUAUGACCCUUUUGUCACUACCAGAUGAAAUGCAGUUCAAAAAACUUGUUCAAGAGAUGGCAGACGACUUGAACUGUAUUACAACAUCAAUGGCCAUUGCUGUCUGUACGGAAUUACAAAAUAGGAGAUUAAAAUUUGCGGCGCGGGUACUAAUCGCUGCAAGAUGCCCGCAUCUUCUAGCGAAGCUCGAUGAUUACUGCCCAUCGCCAUCCCAUGGCUGGCUUAAUCAUAUCGCCACAAGAUUGUCAAUUCGGAUUGUGAGCUCCCAAACUAUUGAUAUGCUCCGACCCUCUACCUGUGACGCAAACCAUAUUCGCCAAUUUUUCCUCUCCAAGCAUAGAUACUUUGCCCGCAGGAAGAAGUUUAUUGCGAAUAUGGACGAGACAAUGCUCUAUUCCAAACGUCGCUAUAAAGUUCUUACUGCUGGCCGGAAUCGCCCAGUUCGCGCUGAAAAGUCUCAGCUUCCACAUCUUACAGGGGUCUGUACCAUCUUUGCAGAUGGUACAACUAUGAAGCCAAUGGUGAUACUUCCACAAAAGAAGACCCUUGAUGCGGAAUUGGAAGAUCUGGACGCCUUUUUUGUUCGCUCCGAGAGUGGAUGGAUGAACAAAUACCUUUUUAUGGUAUACUGUAUCAUGUUCAUCUGCAAAGUACAGGAGAAAAGGUCUCAAAUGAAUGUGUUUGAUGCCCAGGUACCUUUUCUCCUAAUUGUAGAUGGUCAUCCAUCCAGGCUCUCUUUCUUGGCCGUUCGCCUCUUGAGCGCCUUCAAUAUCGAGCUUCUUGUUCUCCCAGGCCAUACAUCUCAUAUCUUACAACCUCUUGAUGUUGGGAUUUUUUCUCUCUUGAAGGCCCAAUUCAAGAAGUUGUUUGAUAUGGCGACUAUCCGGUACGAUCAGCAAGGGCAUAUGGUGAUCAAUUAUGUAUGGAACGCCAGAGAACUGCGCUAUAUCAUGGUUCGCAGCUUCCUUGAUGCAUGUAGUGUGUCUUGCACAGCUACAAACAUCGAAAAUGCUUUUAAAGCAACAGGAAUCUAUCCAUUGGAUAUGAACAAACCUCUUGCUUCCAGAUACAUUGUAGCAAAUGGAGUUCCUCCUGCAAGGCCCAAUUUUGUCAACGACAAAGUCCUUACAGAUCCAAAUGUGAUGAUGCAAGUCUUCCAAAUGGAAUAUGGACGCCCCAUGCAGCAACAGGAUUGGUAUUUCAAUCUGUUUGUGGUUAUGCAAUCUGUUUUGGCCUGGAAUGGAGCAUAUGGCCAGGUUCUUAGUCGUGAGUUACAUCUCCUUUAUCCUACUGCAGGUGGAUUUCAAAAAAUACAAUUAAAAUGA